CACACACACACACACAGACUCACACACACACGCAGAUACAGUGUAUUUGUAUGGGUCGGUUCUCUUCUGUUUGAGUCGGUUCAGGAGUAAAGAAGAAAGUGUGUGUGAGACAGAAGAUGUUUGUUUAGAUUUGUAGACGUUUGUCUAUUUGUGUCUGAGGAAUCUUUCUAAUUCUGGACCCUAGCAAGGUGGAUGCACAGCAGUGAUGGGAGACUUUAGCUCUCUUGGGAAGCUUUUAGAAAGCGCCCAGGAACAUUCUACGGUGGUGGGCAAAGUCUGGCUCACCGUCCUCUUCAUCUUUCGUAUCUUGGUGCUCAGUGCUGCCGCAGAGAAGGUUUGGGGCGACGAGCAGUCCGGCUUCACCUGUGACACCAAGCAACCUGGUUGUCAGAAUGUGUGUUACGAUGUAACCUUCCCCAUCUCUCACAUUCGAUUCUGGGUGCUCCAGAUCAUCUUCGUCUCAACUCCGACACUGAUCUAUCUGGGUCAUAUCCUGCACCUGGUGCGUAUGGAGCAAAAACUAAAACGCAAUGACACGAGCGGAGCAGACAAACAGGCACUUCUGGGCCACAAAACAAAAGGUCCCAUACGCGAUGAACAGGGGAAGAUCUGUUUAAAGGGAGUUUUGCUGCGCACGUACGUCUUCAACAUCAUCUUCAAAACACUUUUCGAGGUGGGCUUCAUUGUGGCUCAGUAUUUCCUGUAUGGAUUCGAGCUCAAGCCUCUGUACACCUGCAGCAGGUGGCCUUGCCCAAACACCGUCAACUGCUACAUCUCGCGACCGACAGAAAAAACCAUCUUCAUUAUUUUCAUGCUGGCUGUAGCCUGUGUCUCUCUGCUGCUCAACCUGGUGGAGAUGUAUCACCUGGGCUUCACCAAGUGCAGACAGGGUCUCCGUUACCGGCGUACUCACUCAGUCUGCGACACUGAGUCUAAAGUGCCUAGUGAGGACGCCGUGGUUCCUUUUGUGCCAAAUUACCCUUAUUUUCCUGCUCACGCACCUCCUCCGGCUCCCUUUCCUACCGAGCCGCACUUCAACCUCUCAGAAGCUGACGGGACGUUCCCGGCUCAUGGCAGCCGCUCUGUUUACAAGCAAAACCGAGAGAACAUGGCUGUAGAGCGCAGCGGCAAACCUGACACUGCUGAUGUUAAGAUCAGCAAAACAGUGAAUUCUGUACCCGGAUCACCAUCAAGCCAGCAGCGCAGGCCCAGCCAUUCAAGUCGCUACAGCAGCAACAAGACCAGGAUGGAUGAUCUCAAUCUGAGCAGAAGGAAACAAGAGAGUCUCAACUCCAUCACUGAAUGUGGGAUCUCCCGCUCUGAACACCUGAAGAGAUUCCCUCUUCAGCUCACAGGCAACAAACGAACGAUGAGGUUCAUUGAUCAAGGUGUCAUUUAGAGUGACAUCGGAAUCAGGGAGUUUGAAUGUGAACUGAGGCUUUACUUGAAUUCAUUUUGUGGGAAUAUUGCAAUCACGUGAUCAUUAAUAGAACAGAUUGAUGACUGAGUCAUAGACUGAAUCAUGUGGGAGCCUAUUUGCUCCAAAUUACAAAAUGGAAAUAUAUUUAUGAUAUUGCAUUAUCAAAUACAAGGUCAUAAUUAAGACAUAAAAAGUUAAAAUUAUAAUAAUGGUCAUCCAAGACAAAGAAAGUCAAAAUCACUUAAAUAAACAAAAUUAGACUAUCAGAAGUAUAUACAGUGCUCAGCAUGAUUGUGUACACGCUAUUUUCAAAAUGAAUAUUUGUAUUCAUUUCUCAGUGAAUAUAGGCAGUGUAUUUUGGCGCAUUUAAACAUAACAGAUUUAUUAAACAGAUAUAUUUAUUAAAAUAAUAUUUUAUUCACCAAACAUAUUUAGAAAUUAAAAGAUAAUACAAUUAAAUUCAAGCUAAAUGUUACAAAAUUUAAACAAAAUGUUUCCAUUGUUUUUGCUUCUCUUGAUUUUUCCUCUUUUUAAAAUUUGUAUGUAAUAUUUUUCUAUAACAUAUAAAUUUGGCUGUACUAGUUUUUGGGCUGUUAUCGUAAGUUAUUUUGUUAGAUAAGCUCCAGAUUUGGCUUCAGUACUGACUAAUCUAAUGUAUAUGCACAAAUAUAACAUUGCAUAGCUUUCUAUUAAAAAUAUGAAUUUAAAAGAGAGAUUUGUGAGGGGUGUACUUAUAUAUGCUGAGCACUGUAAGAAUUUAUAUAAGAAUUUUUUUUUUUAAUGAGAUUUUUCACUCACAGUUUUGACUUUUUCAUCGUAAUUUGCACUUUUUAUGUCAUAACUUAAAUUUCAUGACAUAAUUAUGGAUUUAUUUAAUAUUUUAUGUUACAAGUAUGCCAUAGGAAGGCCAUAACCACUACCUGGGGUGAACAAUUCAUUUUUUAAGGUAUGAAAAAACAGAAAGGUGAAGGAAUUAAUAAUCAUGUAUGUCUUAUUCAUGCUUAAAAUGUCGAAAACGACAGUUCUUACCUUGUCACUUUUUUGUUAGGAAUUGCAUAAUUAAUGAAAUCAUAUUUUCAAUUCAAAAGUAGUUUGCAUUGGUGGAUAAGGAGAAAUUGAAGAAUUUCUAACAUUUAGACAGACAGUUCUGGCAUUUCUGAUUAUUCUGGAAGACUUGCUUUCUCAAAUACCAACAAUAAAACACUUAAGAGAUUUACGGGUAAAAUGUGAAUAUAUAAAUGUAGUAUUUUUUGUUUGUUUGCUGUUUUGAAAGAAGGGACUGACUGUGGAGGAAAACUGAUGUAUUUAUAUUCUAUCAGUGGCAAAGCUGAUCAUAUUUUACAAGUCAACAACAUACAACCAUUACAUCAUCUUGUCUACAGUCCUGAUGACCUCCGCCAGGUGUUUACAGUGUCUUCAGUGUGUCUAUAACCUGCUGAAAUCUUUUCAGCCUGAGCACCAGCACUGUAUGAAUGUAACGUCCACACAUUCUCAGCAUGUAAACAUGAUUGAUAUCAAGCAAAGUUGCUAUGUGUGUGUUCACUUCUUAAAUAAACACUGAAGACUA